AUGCAAAUACAUCGGGUGAGAUUCCUUCCCCAGGGCUCCCAGCACAGGCUCAGGCAGGAGAGCACCACGAUGAGGCUGUUUGUCUUGCUAGCUACACUUUACAGUGGAGUGAGCAGCAGCAUUGUGCUGCAGAAAAUGUAUGGGAGGAUCACGUCCCCCAACUUUCCCAAUGUCUACCCAAAUCACAAGGAGAGAAUCUGGAAUAUUACUGUGCCCAAGGGAUACUCUGUCCGCAUCUACUUCACCCAUUUCAACCUGGAGCUGUCCUACCUCUGUGAAUAUGAUUAUGUGAAGCUGAGCUCUGGUGGGAGGACCUUGGCUACACUGUGUGGAAAGGAUAGUACAGACACCGAGGAGGCUCCGGGCAACAAGACCUACACCUCUGUGGACAACAACCUCAUGGUAGUGUUUCGGUCUGACUACUCCAACGAGAAACCAUUCACAGGCUUUGAGGCCUUCUAUGCUGCUGAAGAUACUGAUGAGUGCAGACAGCUCUUUGAUGGUGAACCCCUCUGCAACCACCACUGCCACAACUACGUGGGGGGCUACUACUGCAGCUGUCGGGCUGGCUACACGCUGCAUGAGAACCAGAGGACGUGCACAGGUGAGCUCUCACUUCCCUACCUACCACAUCCACUUCACCAUUUUAUUGUGAAGUCUUCUGGAGCAGAAUGUCAAAAGGAUGUUUGGAACAAACCAGUGACAAAGUGCAUCACCUGUGGCACGUGGAGAAGUGGAACUGUGGAGCCUGUCCCUGGAGGAGGGGUUGUAACAGCUGCUCCUGUUGCAGCUGAACCCUCAGCUUCCAGGGUUGAACUGGGAAUUUUGAACAUUUGCUAUGAAGAAGCCCAGGCAGAAAAUUUUUUUAUCCACAAAGCUUAUACAAAUUAUCUUGUCAAAUUUGAUGGUGACACUGCAUUAGUUGGACCAGAGCAUAAAGUCUUGGUUAGUACCAACAUCACACCCAUUUGUUACCAGGGAAAGAAGUUAGAUUUCAAUGCAAGCCAGUGCUGGGGUAGAACUGUCCCAGCUGCUGUCAAAAGACCUUUAAAUCUACAGCACUGCCAAGUGCCCAAGGCAGGCAUUGCUCUUUAUUAA